AUGCCUUACUCUUCAAAUCCUUAUUUAUUCGAACGAAUAACUAGAGAAAUUGUUUUUUCUCAUUUAACUGCCAGUAUAUGCCAAUCAAUUAUAUUAUCAAAGAUAGAAUAUCAAUCAUCUCGUUUUUCAUCAAAUACUGAUGAAACAAAAUUAGUUGUCAAUGGUACAGAAAAAAUUUUAAUGAUCGAUCAACAUCUAUCGACAGGAUUUGAGCAACUCGAAGCUUAUCUCUACUUCCGAUUUGAUUUUAAUCAAAUACUUCGUUUGAAUAUUCUGUCAAGCUUGAAAGACGAUUUAUUUAUUAUUGGUGAAUGUCAAAUUCCUAUCUAUACCGAAAAAGAAAAACUUAUUGAUGAAAUAUUAUCCGAUGAUUUCAAAUCGACCGAUAUAAUCUUUCCCGAUCAAUCACUAGCUACUAUUAAUGAUAAUACUCAAUUUUGUAAGGAUAAACAAUUAAUGAAAGAUUAUUUAGCAUUCUUUACCGCUCGUCAUUUAUUUCGAUUAAUAAAAUGUCAUCGAUUAUUUUCAACAAAAACAACCUUCCCAUUUAAUUUUCAUCAAUUGAUUGAAUCUAUUCAAUCAAAUCAUUUUGAAAAAAUUACUGAUGAAAUUAUCUCAACUUUAACACCUGUGACACUUUCGGGCACUGAAUUUGUAGGUUUUCUUAUGCCCAUGAAUCUCCAAUCUGAUAUUAUUAAACUUCUCAGCAAUUCGAAUAUUUCUCAAGAAAAUCAAGUUCAAUGUCGAUUUCAUGUCUUCAAUGCAAUUAUAGUUCAUUCAUUUGAUGAUGUUAAAGUUGUUGCUAAAUCAAAUGGUGUAUGUCAAUAUCGAAUAAGUAAUCCUAAAAGUUCGACAAAAUAUUCAUUUAAAUGCUGUCAAUAUCGUAAAUAUCCUUUAAGCAAUCAUGAAAUUAAGGCAACUGUACCAGAUGAUGAUCCAAAUUCGAUUGCACUUAUCUUAAAUGAAAGAGAUACGUUUGGUCGACAUAAAACAGCAACAUUAUUAGAAUUAAAUGGUAGCCUUAUACGAACACUUUGUUGGAAAGAAACAUUAAUUCCAAAUCGAAUAUCAUGGAAUGAUCUGGCAACAUUAGCUAUUGCAUGUGCUAAAACUAUUAAAAUAAUGUCGAUUUCAACGGAAACCAAUUAUGAACAUCAAUCAUCUGCACCUAGAAAAUAUAUAAAUACAGGUUAG